GCAACAGGAAGCAUGGGUAGCUGUCCACGCAUCUGCAGCUUCAGAGUUGGAUAAGUUAGGUGAGAGAUUCUUGUAAAACAAAAUGAAGCUCCUCUGUGUGCUCUGUCUCAUCCAUGUGAGUCUCCAGCUGAACUGUGACAGGAGCCAGGUCACAGCAGAUGUUGGGGGUGAAUUUAUCCUCUCCUGCGUGUACAACACAAACAAAUUUCUAUACAGCAAAAAGUACUGGUGCAGAGGAAGCUCUCAUCAUUCCUGUGAAAUUGUGGCAGAUUCUGAACUCAGAGCCAAACAAAGAUGGAGUGUGAUAGACGCUGGAAGACGAGGGCUCUUUGUUAAAAUGACGGGACUCCGCUUUGAAGAUUCUGGGACCUAUUGGGUCGGCAUUGACAAAAUCUACGCAGACAUAAUGACUCCAAUUGAGGUUGUUGUCACUGAAGUUCCUGUUUCCAGACCUACACUCUGGGCGGUCUCUUCUGGGGUUGGUCGGCCUUCGUGUUGGGGGGAGGCCAUUACUGUGCGCUGUGGUUCAAACAGAGGCACAAAUGUAGCCUAUGUGUGGUAUCAACAAACUCACCCAAACCUCUCCAAUGUCUCCCAGUCACGUGAUCUACGGCUGGACUGCGGAUUAGCUCAGACCGACUCUGCUUUUUACUGUGUUGCCCAAAACAAAAUGGGAAACCAGCAAAGUGAUCUGAUGCAUGUGCAUGUUCUGAGGCCAGCAGAGAACAACUGUAUCUAUGAGGUUAAAAUACAAGGUCAGUCUCUCUAUGACUGUGCAGACAGACUGACCACCACAACCUGCCCACCACCACAACACUGCCCACCACCACAACACUGCCCACCACCUUUGUCUACUCCUCCUCCUCCUCUCCAGUCUCACCUGUCAAUCAAAAUGAGACACAUCAGAGAGAGAUUUACACCUGGUCACAAACAGAUCAGAAUUCUGAAUAUUGUACAAGCCUCUAAAGCCACUGGACCUUCCACAGUUCUCACAGAUGACCUGAAGGAUAUUGAAGACCUCAGGGACCUUGAUCAUCUUCAGCGCCACCUUCUGGUCAGUGGCGGGCUUGUGGCUCAAGGAGACCACUUUGAAGGCUCAGAGGCCAAGAUCCUUCUUCACUUCGCUCUUCUUCAUAAUGCUCUGAGUUGGAGAUGA